AUGCCCGCCUUCAAGGGCAGUGCAAACCAGUCCAUCGAUAAGCGUGACUUCGAUACGAACCGACCGCUACUCCAAGACAGAGACGGAAAUUCGGAUAAUGAACUACCAAGCCAAGGCUUCCGCCGGUUCUCGAGACCAGUGUCGCAUCGCUCCCGACUUUCAGGCGAUACAGGGCGUGGCGCGCUGAGCGAAGAUGGGCUCUUAAGUGACGUGGUGGAUGGAAUUGUCGAGCGAGACCGGAAGAAGAUCCGUAAAGAAGUAAUUCGGGUGGUCAGCUUUAUCUGGGGAAUCAUAACUUGCCUUGGGGCAGGUAGCAUCACCGCGUUCUCCCUAUACGGGCAUCUCCUGCUGACCCGGCUUCGGUACACCCAACUUCAAGUCAACGCCGUCUCUAUUGCAGCAGAGAUCGCCAUGUACUUGUUGGUCCCGCUAUUCGGGUAUCUCUGCGAUCGAUAUAGUCCUUCCCCAUUGUCCUUAUUCUCGGGGUUGGUAUUUGGAUUGGGCUAUCUCCUAGCCGCGUUCGCCUACAAGAGCGGACCUCCGCCGGACGCUGGCGGGUCGGGCUGGCCGUUCUGGGUGAUGGUUGUGGCGUUCAUUGCUAUUGGCAUGGGUACGAGCUGUAUGUAUCUCGCCGCUGUUGCAACGUGCGCCAAGAAUUAUGGCCGAGGAAAACACAAGGGGAUCAUGCUGGCAGUUCCCAUUGCAGCCUUUGGUCUCAGUGGGAUGUGGCAGGGACAGGUCGGAACGUAUCUUCUAUAUGAACGCAAUCCGGAUGGCAGCCCUGGCGAUGUGGAUGUAUACCGAUAUUUCCUAUUUCUCGCUUUUCUGUUGCUGGGCAUCGGAAUAAUUGGCACAUUUACAUUGCGUAUAGUUGAUGAUGAUGAAGAAGAGAGAUAUAUCGACGAGACUGUCGAGGAGCUGGAGCGAAGUGGGUUGCUUGAGGAGAGUGAUUUCUUCCGGCCACGGGCUGAAAUCAGACCUGAAGUCGAAUAUGGCACCUUUGCCUCCAAUGCCAAUGAUGAAGACUCCAUGACCAUCUCAGAAGAGGAACGGCGGCAAAGGAGACGUGAGAAGGAACGGGAAGAAGAAGAACGCCGGAAGAAGAAUUGGUUGCUCAAUUACGAGACGCGGGUCUUUCUACAAGACCCGACAAUGUGGUGGCUAGCAGCAGGCUUCUUCCUGGUAACAGGUCCCGGAGAAUCCUAUAUCAACAAUGUGCAUCUCCACCUGCUGGCCUCCCCUUCCACCCAUGUCACCACUGUUGCAUUGACCUCGACCAUUGCCCGCCUCCUCACUGGCUCUCUUUCCGACUUCUUCGCUCCUCCUGCGACUCAUCUGUUCCCUCCAAUACCAGAGGAAGCGCAUUCCCGAUUCCCAGCACCAGCAAGUGCACACAGCCGUCUAACCCUGUCUCGUAUGACAUUCCUUCUCCCUUCGGCUUUCCUCCUUUCCCUCGGUUACCUUAUUCUCGCAUCCCCAAUCCCACUUCAGGAGCCAUCAACCUUCCACCUCACCACUGCCCUCGUAGGAUUCGGCUACGGCAGUGCAUUCUCUUUGACUCCAAUUAUCAUUUCUGUCGUGUGGGGCGUUGAAAACUUUGCCACGAAUUGGGGCAUUGUUGCGAUGAUGCCCGCGCUCGGGGCUGCCCUUUGGGGAGUAGUUUACUCCAGCGCCUAUCAAAAUGCCGUCGAUGCUGGCACUGGCACUCCUGAUGGGCAAUGCCAUGGUUGGAGAUGCUAUGGCUUCUGGGCUGCCGGCUGUACGGUUAGCGUGUGGGUCGCCAUUGGCGUCUGGGGGUUUGCUUGGAAGGGAUGGAAGCGGCGAGGGAUUGUUGUCUAG